AUGGCCAACUUUGUGUACUGCUGCUUCUCACUUCUCCUGCUGCUGUUGAUUCACCACUGCUUCCCCUCAGCAGAAGCUGCAGCAGUCUACAACAUCACGGAUUUCGGCGCGAAGCCCGACGGCCAGACUGACUCGACGAAAGCGUUGCUCGACGCCUGGGCGGCAGCCUGCGGCUCUGCCGAGCCCGCGUCGACCGUCUAUGUGCCCGACGGGUUCUUCACCGUCGGACAGGCCGUUUUUACCGGGCCCUGUAACACAAAUGGAGUGACUAUCGAAUGCGACGGAACGCUCGUGGCGCCGUCCGAUUACUUGGUUCUUGCGUCCGCGGGCCAGUGGCUGAAGUUCGAAAGGGUCGAAGGUUUGUCGAUCUUCGGCGGGACCAUUGACGGCCACGGCUCGUCCUUUUGGGCCAAUAAGGCCUCCGAUAGCGGUUGCCCUAAUGGGGCUCCGUCCUUGUACGUGGCAAACUCGAACGACGUCCUGAUCAGCGGCUUGCGGUCGGUCGACAGCCAGCUGUACCACAUUGUGAUCGAUGGCUGCGAUCGCGUGCGGGUGCAGGGCGUCAUGAUCACCGCCCCGGGAAACAGCCCGAACACCGACGGCAUCCAUGUCGAGGACUCGACGAACGUUACGGUCGCCGAAGCCCUCAUUCAGACCGGCGACGAUUGCAUCUCGGUCGGGCCCGGCACAAGCAACUUGUGGAUCGAAAACGUCGUUUGUGGGCCGGGCCACGGCAUCAGUAUCGGAAGCUUAGGGAAAGGGUACGAGGAGAGAGGUGUCGAGAACGUCACCGUGAGGUCGACGGUGUUCACCGGGUCGAUGAACGGGCUAAGGAUCAAAACAUGGGGGAGACCGAGCGACGGUUUCGUUCGCGGCGUCGCGUUCGAGCACGCACUCAUGCAGAAUGUUCGGAAUCCGAUUAUCAUCGACCAAAACUACUGUCCCAGUAACAUCAAUUGCCCUGAUCAGAAUUCGGGGGUGAGUAUUAGCCAAGUGCAAUACACGGAUAUUCAGGGAUCAUCGGCGUCGCAGGUGGCGGUGAACUUCAACUGCAGCGCGAGUAAUCCGUGCAGCGGGAUCGAGUUGCGGGACAUAAAGCUUGAUUACGACGGCAAGCCUGCGGAGUCGAGCUGUAUGCAUGCCAACGGCACCGCUUCUGGCACCGUCGUACCGCCCAGUUGCUUUUUGUAG